CUCUUUGGUCCUGUCACCUGUGGUUAAAGUGGUUUUGACUAAUGAUUAAACCAAGAUUCCACAAUUUUGAGGAAGUAAAGAAGUUUAAAAGCUUUGAUCUUUUAUGUGUGAAGUGUUAUGCCCGAUUGUUUUUGUUAAAAUUGAAAUUUUUAGGCUAAAACAUUAGACAAUGGGUUUUUUAACUAUACUAAAAAAACUGAGACAGAAAGAAAAAGAAAUGAGAAUACUGAUGCUAGGCUUAGACAAUGCAGGCAAAACUACCAUACUUAAACGAUUUAAUGGUGAACCCAUUGAUACAAUAUCACCCACUUUAGGCUUUAAUAUCAAGACUUUAGAACAUAAGGGAUAUAAAUUGAAUAUUUGGGAUGUUGGUGGACAGAAAUCUUUAAGAUCAUACUGGAAGAAUUAUUUUGAGAGCACAGAUGGUGUAGCAUGGGUAGUUGACAGUGCAGAUCCCCGACGACUUGCAGACUGUGUGAGAGAGUUACAUUCACUUCUUAGAGAGGAAAGGCUUUCAGGAGCUACACUUCUUGUACUUGCCAAUAAAUCAGACCUGCCUGGAGCACUUUCCUUGCAAGAAAUCAGGGAGGUAUUAGAUUUGGACAGCAUUAAAACUCACCAUUGGCGCAUAGUGAGGUGUUCUGCCGUGACUGGAGAAAACCUUCUUGAGGGCAUGGAUUGGAUGCUGGAUGAUAUUGCUUCUAGGAUAUUUACACUUGAUUAGUGGCUUGAAACUUUUAAGCAACAUUAUUACUAUGCUUCUAGCCAUGUUAUAAAAAAAUAUUUUAACAAAUAUUCUAAGCUUAGAAUAUUGUUGUUAAAAAAGAAAUAACAUUUUUUUAUCUUUUAUCACAAUAGUCUGCACACUAUGUUGGUAUUAAAAAAACUCAUUACAAUAAUAAAACUAACUGACUAAUA